UUUCCCUUUAUUAUUUUUUUUUUAUUUAAUUAACAAUGGAACUUCCUUAAUCCUUCCUUCCUUCAUCAACCCCAUCUCUCUCUCUCUAUCUCUCUCUCCUCCCUUUCUUUCUCUCUCUAAACUCCGAUUCCGGCCACCUUCUUCGCCGUGGUUUCUCGUCGGAACCCGAGUCUCAUUGAACUCCGGUAGAUCUUCCCCAUUUCAGACCAGUUCCCACCGCCGUGCCUCCAUCCUCCCAAUAGAAGCAGAGAAAAACCGCCAUGGCUGAUAACGAAGCUACAGUUCCGAAAUUUGGUGAAUGGGAUGACAGGGAUGCCAAAGCACCGGAGAACUACACGGCUAUUUUCAAAAAGGUGCGGGAAGGGAGACAAGAACCAGGAAUACGAGCAUUGACGCCACCGCGGUCAAUCAAUAACAGCACAAACAACCAAAAUCAUGAACACAAUCAAAAGAAAUGCUGUUGUUUUCCAUGGCCAAGAAAAUGAUGUUGUUCUUCAAUCUUCAUAAGCUGAAUUUUAAAGUACAUGGACAUGUGAAUACGUAUAGAUUAUUUAAAGGGAGAUCUGUUUGGCUGCAGCAAAUCUCCUUCUGUGCCAUCUAAUGUAAGUGUUUGUUUGUAGGCAAAUAAAGUUGUGAGCAAAGACAAUAAUUGUAGUGUUUGGGGUUAUAAUUAUGAGGUUGGUCUAUUUGAUUAAUAUUUAGGGAGCAUAUUAGUUUAUGAUCAUAGAUGGUAUUUUGAGAUAUUGGAAAAAAUUUACUUUCUUGUGCAUUUAAA